GCCGACAGCGAGCCCGCGUUCCCGCCCGGUCGGCUCAAGACAGGAUGCCUAUACGGCCACUCACCCGUAGCGAGGUUGUUAGGGCCGCAACUCGGGAGAUAGUCACUCGGGACUUCCGACAUCUACUGAGCUUUCCUUCUCGGUGGACGAAGCGUAGCUCGUUCAAGGACCCAAAGGUCAAGACCGUCCAUCACAAGGACAGAGUUAAAUGGUGGAAUAUCGUCCCCGGAGAUCGCGUUCGUGUCCUCGGUGACCCCACUCGCUCAGUACAUGAAGUCUCGGCCGUCAACAAGCUGGGUAACCGCGUAUACCUCAAGAACACGGCCACACAAAGCAACAACAGGCCGGCCGCUGCCAAGAACGUGCACUACUCAGCAUGCCAGCUUUUCCUAGGCCACUUCGACUUCCCUCCUCCCAUCGGUAAGAGUGAAUCCGUUGCCCGCGCGGUAUUUGCCACGCGGCUAAGCACCUCAAAACCGGUCUUCCGUAACGGAGCAUGGCGAUGGGCUCGUUUCGCCGUCAACACCAUACCUCGUCUGCCGAACAGGCCUCGACUGGCCGAUGGCAAGCCGAAGAGGAUGCUUAUAGACUGGCCCAAGCAACCGGAGAAGCGUGAUCCCACUCCUGGACUGUAUGACACUGAGCAAGAGGAAGUGCUUAAAGUCACCUAUGAGCCGCCCACCCUCGGACGCGCGGCUCAUGAAGACCUUUACAUCAAAUCCCUCCGUGCGCCGGGAGAGGUCUAUGCUUCCGAUGCCGAAAACGCUACGCAAGACAAUGGUUUGGUACAUCGCGGUGUCAACGACUUGAAGAUGGAGGUGCGGGUGUACAAGGAGCUGGCCAACCCACAUUCGCGUGCCAAACGCCAGAAGCGUUGGCAGGAAAAGCAGGCUGAGGAGAAGGAGUUGUUGCAGAAGUUCAUCAAGGCCGAGGAAGCCAAAGCGCGUUUCAGCGGGUCGAAGAAGGAAGCGCGCAUAUUAGCUACCUACAAAUGGCGCCAGAAGCUUCACGAGGACAGGCAAAGGGAGAUGAAGCGGAGGUGGGUUAAGCGGGGCGGCGAGGUCAAGCUGGAGAGGAAGGAGAAGAGGAAGGAGAAGAAGGAGCGCAGGAGGAGCCAAGCGCUCGCGCAGCUGGUGCUGGAGGAGGCACCAAACCAGGUUAUCCCGACCUCCAUGCUUUGAUGUCAGAGUAUAUAUCUUCGAUUAUAAUGUCGC